AUGCCUGACAUGCAGGUGAGUGACGAUUCUCGCAGAGCCGGCGGCCAUGUUCUGAUCCGCGGCCUGACCUGGAAUCCCGUGCCACGACAGACAACGCCGGAUCAAGCAUGCGGCGGCUACGACGUCGGAGUCGUGCGCUUCGUCAGGCUCAACCACACGCGAGCCGUCUCGGCAGCGGCGGCGUCGAUCCGUCCGCUCUCGCAGGGCAUCCAAGGCUCCGACACGGAGAAGCAGUUCUUCUUCAGCUUCAGGCGCGCAACGGAAGCCGGCGUCGCCAUGCACCUGUGCGGCGUCUCGUCCUUCUGGACAGAGGUGGCCCCCCGGCUCGGCCACGUCGACGACGCCGUCAAGCACGCUCUUGUUGCCCUCGGCGCCACGCACCAUCUGCACCGGACGAGGAGGAGGAGGAGGAGGGACAGUCGACCGUGCCACCCCGAUGGCGACUCGCUGGCAACCAAGAGGCUGGAGCUCUUCUCCGCGCGCCAGUACAACAGGGCCAUUGAGGAGGUGUACGCGCACAUUGCGAGCAACAGCCCCAGGAGCACGAUACUGGUGCUCGUCUGCUGUCUGAUCUUCAUCUCUCUCGAGUUCCUGCGGCCCAACAACGGCGCCGCCAUAGCGCAUCUGCAAAACGGCAUACAAAUCAUCCAGUCCGUCAUGGGGGGCCUUGACCACGCCGCCUUUGCCGCCUGGGCUCGGGAGCUGGCCAUGUCCGAGGCUGAUGUGUGGGACAUGAUCGCGCAGUUCCGCAACGUCGAGUCCGCCUUGAACGUCUUCUCCAACGACGUCUCGCUGACGCUGGGACUGCGUCUGCGGAGGGCUUCACGGCCGCGGCGACAGCCUCAUCCCUUGGUCCACGAGCGCAUCGCCAGCGUGGCCGACGGCUACAGAGCGAGGACCGAGUUCAUGAACGACGUCACGGCCCGCUACUCGGAGCUUCGGAGGCACCAGGGCGAUGCCGCCUUCUGGGCCCAGCGGCACAUGCAGCGGGAGCUUCGGUCCCUGCGCAGACGCGCCUCGAGAAUCAUGGCUGAGAUGGAGGCGCUCUGGGUCAGCCCCGAGGCGCCCAGGAUAGGGACGUGGAGCUCGUACAGCAGCAGAAUGGACUGGCUCCUGGUGAGCAGUGGGCGGACGCUGGCCGAACUGAUUCCCUUUGGCGUCCAUUCCUUCGACAAGGUCAGCCAGAGCCCGUAUAUCCAGAGCGAGGUCACGAGGGGGGUCUCUCUGGCCGCCAAGAUGCACCUCGAGCAUGCUGCCACGGGCAUGCCGCCGUCCGAGUUCAGCCUGGAGACUGGCAUCAUUGCCGUCAUGUACUGGGCCUGGGUCUUCAGCACGCGGCCCGAAACGAAGGCGACGGCGGUGCAGAUCCUGCAGGACCUGGACAAGAGGGAGGGCCCGUGGGAUGCUGACGAGAUCUUGUCAUCUCUGCCCAGCGUGGUCACGCCGCGUCUGCUCGUCAGCUAG